AUGACAAAUAAUAUUAAUAUGAAUUUUUCAUCUGAUUCAAGUAUUAAUAUCUUUAAUAAAAAAGAAAAUGCAUUCAUGACUCAUAAUAUAUUAAUUAUUUCUACAACUCACUAUUUAAGUUCUAGUAUUUUAUCUGAAGACCCUAUAGAUUUAAAGCAAAAGCAACAAAGUGAUAGUGAAUUUAAUCAUGAUACUGAUAAAAACAAUAAAAGCACUGAAUAUAUAAUUCAAAAUGUAGAAUACAAUAAUGAUGGUGAAAUAAUUCGUCAAUAUUUUCUUUGUGAGAAUUCUAGUGAUCAUCAUUUUAAAAAAAAGGCUAAUACCACAUAUCAAAGAGAAAAGGAGUCAAAAAAGUCAGAUCUAUCUAAAGCUCAUGAGUAUUUAGAAAGGUUUUUUGAGGAUGAAUAUGAUGCAUUACAAGCCUUACUUGAAACUAUUAUAAAUAUAGUGAAUCAAAAAAAUAUUCUUGAGAUCUGGCAGCACUUUUUAAGUAUUUUUAAAAUGUCAAGUAAUGCCAAAUUUGAUAUCAAACUUGUAUUCAAAUGCUGGUAUACUGAUCCAAUGCAAACAUCUAAUUCUUUGUUAAUUAUAGGUACAAUCAGAGAGCAAAGUAUGAUUACAGAGACAAAUCAAGUAAUGUCAAUUCGUGAAGCAGACAUAUUUCAAUCUAGCAUUCACGCAAAUAUCACACAAAAGCAAGAAUAUGUACAUAGCUUUGGUGUUGCUAAAAGUAGAUUAAAAUUUGCUAUUGAAAAUAGUCUAGUUGAUGAAUUUAUAGAGUUGAUUACAAGAUUUAUUGAAAAUCAUACUGGUAUUAAUGCUAAUCAAUGGAUAUUG